AUGCGCUUUCGAGACGGGCGCCAGGCUAUCCACUGCGACCUGCACAUCCCCUGUUCCAAGUCAGGACAGGGCUGCCGCCAGAUCGCCGCGGCACGCAGCGACUUCUGCUUCGCGCACAAGUGCAGCCUCGAGGGCUGUCUCGACGGCAAGGAGUCCGGCUCGCACUACUGCAAGCAGCACACCUGCCACAGCUCCGGCUGCCACCAGGCCAAGUUCGACAUCCACAGCCGCAGCGCCAAGUACUGCUCUGCGCACGAGUGCUCCGUCGACAAGUGUCUGCACGAGGCGAAGACGGCAGGUGGCUUCUGCCCCGCCCACGCCUGCGCCCACAGCUCGUGUAACGCCGGCCAGCUCUCCACGUCACUAUACUGUCGUGAACACUGCUGCCGCCAUGACAAGUGUUCUCACGAAGCUCUCCACCGCAAUGGCUUCUGCCGAUCCCACUCUUGCAUCGAGAAAGGCUGCAAAGAGCCCCGCCUAGGCGGCCGUGAUCACAUCCGCCAGUGCCUGGGUCAUUGGACAAGGGAUGUCCGCGACAACGUCGCCUCUGAGGUAGGCCACCGUGCUGAGCGGGAACGGAUGCGUUUGGAAGACGAGAUCCACGAUCUUGAAUCCCGCGAGCGUAGGCGCCUUCUCGCCGACAUGGAAGAGAGAAGACUGGCCGAGGAGGAAGCCCGCUACGCCGAACAGGUUAAGCAGGCCAAGGCCGAGAUCGAGAGGAAGAGACUAGCCGAGCACCUCGCCAGGGUGGAAGAAGAGCGGAGGCAACACGAGGCCGACGCCCGCUUGGAGGAGGAAGUCGUUGCUAGAGUAGCCGCAGAGGAAGCUCGCCGAGACCGCAAGGCACGUGAGGCACAGGCGGCAGAGAGUGAACGGCUGCAGCGGGAAGACCGAAUCGCCCGUGCGGCAGCCGAACGGGAGCGGGCCAGGCUCGCGCAGGAGGACGCCGAUGCACGACGCAGGGCGGCGGCAGACCAGAGACUAGUUGAUGAUCUCAGGAGGGAGAGGAUUGCGAGGGAGCAAAUCGAGGAGGACAGGAGAAGGGAGGAGGACGAACUGAGGAGACUGAGAGAUCAAGGCAGAUUUAGAAGGGGCACUAGGUUUGACGAUAUGUGGUGA